AGCAGGUAACAGAUACUGAAGUGCGUCUCCACUGAGCGUCUCCUGGACUUUGUUCACACACACACUUGUUGGACAUGGGGUUUAUUCUGACCAAGAUGAUGGCGGUGUUCGGGGACAGAGAGCACAAAGUCAUCAUUGUGGGUUUGGACAAUGCUGGAAAGACCACCAUCCUCUAUCAGUUUCUGACAAAGGAAGCCGUCCACACGUCACCAACCAUCGGCAGCAACGUUGAGGAGAUCGUCGUACGUAAAACACACUUCUUGGUUUGGGAUAUCGGAGGACAGGAGAGCCUUCGAGCCAGCUGGUACUCGUACUACGGCAACACAGAGAUUGUCAUUGUGGUAGUGGACAGCACCGACCGCGAACGUCUCACGCUCACCAAGGAAGAACUGCACCGAAUGCUCGCACACGAGGACCUAGAGAAAGCAGCCGUUCUUAUUCUGGCCAACAAGCAGGACGUGAAUGGCUCGAUGACGGCGGCAGAGAUCUCCCAGUGCCUCACACUCGAAUCCCUCUCAUCGCACUCCUGGCAUGUUCAAGCUUGCUGCGCCCUGACAGGAGAAGGUCUACCUGCCAGUCUGGACUGGAUGAAGUCUCGGGUUGUCGCGAACUAGAACGCGCUCAGACACAGUGGAACAAACCUCCUCAAACUGAACCAAACUCGAGAGGCACCGCAGAAGCCAUCGUGUCAGGAUUAUUUUCACUGUUAUGGGAGGGAAAGUCAUGUGAGCGUGGCGUCGUGUGCUAGAGCCUGCCUCGCCACACCUACACUGUGUCUUACCCAGCUGUGUGAGGCCUCAGGGUGGACGGGCAACGGAGAAACAUGGGUGAUCUCAAGAUUUGGCUAACGAUGACUUUUGCACUGUUCAAGAACCGCUCGGUUAUGUUUUAAUGAUCUGGUUUAGCUGCAGAAGUUUUUCUCAGUUUAUGGUUAUGAAGAUGUACGCCAGAGUGUUUAGUGUGCACCAUGCUCGUUAAACAUCCUACCAGAGCAAUGAUCUCACUCUCCACUCAGGUCUCAAUGGGAUUCUUUCUUUUCACGAAGGGUUAAUCCCGGGACAACAUCUUACUUUAUUGAACUGCAAAGCAGUAAUUAAAGUAUCAUUCAUUCAAUAAUUGUUAGAACUGACUAUGUUGUACCAAAGAUGUUACAACCUACAUUUGAGGCACUAAAACAUAUGUUUCCCGGGUAAAGUGUUGUCUGAUUAUGCUAAUCUGGUGCCCGCUCAUUGCUCCGGUGCCUACACAUUAAGUUUUGAGCAUGACGAUCAUGAUCUCAUUUUGUCCUUUGUUUGGUGAUUCUUGUCACUGAUGACUAUCUUUCUUUUUUUACCUUAACUAUUUCUGCUGCAACUGAAUUUAAUACCUCACUGGUUAUAAAAACAGCUUUCCAGUGACAAACUGAGUUUAGUUGCUUUAAAAGCUUAAUCCUCUAUCAUGGCCUCAGAAACUCUGCAAUGUUGGGCUACAAGACUACACCUGAUAUUUUAUACUAUGAACAACAAGACCUAAACAUGUUUAGUAAUUUAUUUUAAGAAAACAAAGCUCUUUAACUAUUUACUGUAUAUUACAGGAAAUUCCUGAUUAGGGAAAAGAGCAAGCUGCUAAGGACUGAUUCUUAUUUUGAAAGUAUGUAUUAUAUUGUGUAAUGUAAAAAUAAAUAAAUUGUCCAGCUGU